AUGGCUGCAGCGUUACCGCCCCAUCUCGUCGAUAGCUCUGCCCCUCCAGACGUCAUGAAUGAUCCUCAAUAUGCGACCAACACAGGAGGUGGAGAAGAUGGAACCGGCGAUCCAGACACCUGCAGGAUAUGUAGAGGGGAGGGUAGCGAUGCAGAGCCGUUAUUCCACCCCUGCAAAUGCAGUGGGAGUAUCAAGCACGUCCACCAGGACUGCCUGAUGGAAUGGCUUUCCCACUCUCAGAAGAAACACUGCGAGCUCUGCAAGACCCCUUUCCGAUUCACGAAGCUCUAUUCUCCAAAUAUGCCGCAGACUUUACCUCCUGGGGUUGUUUUCCGUCACUUUGUCCUCCAUUCGAUGCGGAACAUUGCGACUUGGUUGAGGUUCUGCUUAGUGGUUACGGUUUGGCUAGGAUGUCUUCCAUAUGUUAUCAGACAGGUUUGGAGGCUGUUGUUCUGGUUCAGCGAUGGGGGGUGGCCGCCAAGAUACACGACCAUUGGUGCGCCCCAGAACACAACCCAGAUACUAGAAAUGGCACAACAAUUGCAACAUGCGAAACUGGGAGGAAAUGGUACCUCUCCAGCGAUACCAUUUUAUGCAGCCCAAACUACGCCUGCAACUGAAGGCAGCUUCUGGAGCUUUCUGAUGCCUUUCUCCCAGACUUUAAAUAUCAGUGACUCCGAUCCUCUUACGGUCGGUUUGUUUAAAUCACUCUACUAUGGCCUGGGGAUCUCAGAAGGCCUCACCUUUAACAUCAGUGUAUCAGAUGUCAUCAUGGGCACAUCUCCUGCGCAUCGCCAACCAUCGUUAUUGAGUGGCGUUCCUUUUCUCAAUAAUAUGACCCGACACUCCUACAUCAACCAACUUAUCGUCACAAUAGCUGAAGGGUAUGUUAUCACGAUCCUAGUUGUGGUCUCCUUCAUCCUCGUGUUUUUGAUCCGAGAAUGGGUCGUACAACAACAGCCUGGAAUCAAUAUGGGUGCCGGCUUUAAUGCGGAAUUUGCAGCUCCCGAGAGACCAGGGGAGAGGGAGCAGGCUGUGCCAGUGGAACGUCUACCAGGAAAUAUCCCGGAGCCCAGGGAGGUUGGCCAACGCCCAAUGGCGCAACAUCGAAGGAGAGGCGUUCAAUUUGAUGGUGCUGAAGAUGGCGAGCCUCACCCAGCUCUGCAGGAGGAUACACGAUCUACUCACGAAACUGGAGAGGGUCCAAGUCACAACCGGCCGGCUCCAGUGAGGGACGCACUGACCCCAGCGGCAGAAAUUCAAAAACAGCUCACUGAAGAGCCGAGAAUGACUGAAGAAUUUCUGGCUAUCUGGUACCGCGCGGACAGCGACCCGAAGGAAGUGGUACGUAUCAUCGAGCAAGAAAACAAGGGCGAUGAGAUGCGUUACUGGGUUAAUGCGAUGAACAUUCUUCAAACACCACUCCGGCAGGAUAACCGGCUCCAGCCGCACAACCAUAGUUCCAAAUUCCUCCGGACGAUAGACGGAGCUGGCCCGAGCACGUUAGAUUCAACAGGGCCUAUAUCAGUUGACUCAGAAGGUGGUGGCGUUGAAAAUGCUAUGGCACAACAGGGGAGUAGCCAAAGCAGUGCUAGCUCCGAAAACUGGGUCGACGUAUCGAAACCUACCAGCAGCUUUCAAGAUGAAGAUAUCUCGACUAAGAGAGACGAGAAUUCCAUAUUACCGAGACCGCAGGAUAGUUAUAAUUUCUCAUCGGAUAAGGGAAAGGGAAAAGAACGCGAUCAAUCUCAAGAGCUUUCAGCUGAGCAAUCAUCUGGUGCAAAUAGAUCGAAUUGGGAUCAGCCGGCACAAAACCCGUGGAAUGCUGCAAUGUCACCUUCCCAAUCCCAUGGGUUAGGCAACAGUAUUUCUAGACCGCGAGCCAUAUCUGAUGGGCCUCAAUUGAAGAAUAUAUCGCCAUUAGCGAACAAUAAUUGGACUUUCAAAAAUCUCCAUGAUACUGAUGCCGGAAAUGCUGGUCCAAGCUCGCCGGGGCUCAUUGAAACUGAAAAUAAUGUUCAGGAUGUCCAGCCUCAGACAUCUUCUGCCGUCUCUGGUUUCAGUGCUUCUUUGCCGGAACAACCUUAUCAAGAGACCGAAGCGUGGAAGGCUGCGCAGGAUUUGCGAGUGCAGCAGGCCAUAGAAAAGGGCAGGGAGGCUCACAGAUCUCAAGAACAUUAUCCAACCCCAGAUGAAAGCCCAGAUCCUGCCCUUUACGGGCCAAUUCAAAUACAGGGUCAAGACGGUAUUGUACGAACUCACCAGAAUUGGGACGAGGUUUUUGAGAACAAUCCCAUCCCUGAUUCUGAUGACGAGAGCGAAGGGAAUAACACCGCACCAGAGCCAAAUCCUUUCCAGCCAGACACCCCGUUACCAGAAGUUAGAGAACCUCUUGUGGUACGGCCAGCCGAGCCUCAGGGCUUUUUCGGAAACGUUGCUGACUGGUUGUGGGGAGGUGCUGAUGACAGAAGACGAGAUGAAGGCGGCAACGACGAACAUAUCGUUGAAGACUUAGCUGCAGAGGCCCCCUUCGUACCUGUUGCUCAUCAUGAUGUUUUUGAUCAAGGUGAAUUUGCAGAGCAAGACCGCGAGGUAGUCGAAGCUGCAAUUGCUGCGGGCAUUGAUCCGAAUGAUCCGGAUGCCAUUGAUGACGCCGAGGAUUUUGAAGGCAUCAUGGAGCUUAUCGGCAUGCGGGGGCCAAUCUUCAGUCUCGUCCAGAAUGCUUUGUUCAGCGCUUUCCUACUAGCUCUGACAGUCGCAUUUGGUGUCUGGAUCCCGUAUAAUAUUGGCAGGGUCUCUCUUUUGCUGGUAGCAAAUCCUGGACCUGCAUUGAAAUUACCUUUAAGAAUCAUCUUCUGGUGUGCAGCUUUCUUGCAAGAUCUGGCGGCGACGAUCUUAGGUGUUGUGUCAUAUUGCUUGUUUACCCUAUUUUCAGUACCGGUAAACUUUUGGCAUGCGACUAGUUCAGGGCCAGCAAUGACGGGCGAAGGCCUCACCUGGCGAGCAGCUGCUUUACAGCUCUCCAACGAUGCCGUCGAGAGAAUACUGGAAGGUACUGUUAAUAGUCUUUUGAACUUCAAAGACUCUGAUAUAUUCACCUUUUCGGCUGCCUCCCACGAGGCGCUGUUGACUCUCGAAUCUUUGGCUACGGCCGCUCUCGAGGCAAUAGGCCAUACCGUCAUAUUCUUAUUCGUUGGUGACUAUACCUUGUCUUUGAUCGGUACCUGGAGUUUCUUUGUCGGCUUACUACAGGGAGCAUGGCACCUAGUCUCUAGUCUGCUGAGUUUCUUUGCCCGACCGGAUUCCUGGGUAAUAAGUCUAGAGGUUGCAAAGCGGGCUACACCGCUAAAUCCCGAACUUAGUGUCUGGAAUGGCGUUGACAGAUUCUGGGCUACUGUUGCCGGGUAUGCAACUCUCAGUAUUCUCGGGGCUCUGUAUGUCAAGAAAGGCUCGCCAUUCUCAAAUGGACCAAUCGGACGUGAAUGGGAAGCCACAAUUAUUGACCUCCUCCACCAAGCGGGAGGAGUCAUGAAGGUUAUCCUCAUUAUCAGUAUUGAGAUGCUCGUCUUCCCCUUAUACUGUGGUCUUCUACUAGAUGCCGCUCUCCUUCCUCUUUUCGAAAAUGCCACGAUCAUGUCGAGGAUUUUAUUUACGUUCACCUCACCUCUCACUUCCAUUUUUGUACAUUGGUUCGUUGGAACGUGUUAUAUGUUUCAUUUCGCUCUCUUCGUGUCCAUGUGUCGGAAGAUCAUGCGGAAGGGAGUUCUUUACUUCAUCCGAGAUCCUGAUGAUCCGACAUUCCAUCCGGUCCGAGACGUCUUGGAACGAAAUGUGGCAACGCAACUCCGAAAAAUCCUCUUCAGUGCUUUAGUAUACGGCGCGUUAGUAGUGAUCUGCUUGGGGGGCGUUGUCUGGGGAUUGUCAUUUACAUUCAAUGGCAUUUUGCCAAUACACUGGUCAUCGAAUGAACCAGUGCUGGAGUUCCCCGUCGACCUUCUUUUCUAUAAUUUCCUGAUGCCUCUGGCAGUCAAAUUCUUCAAGCCUUCGGAUGGACUUCAUGCCAUGUAUAGCUGGUGGUUCCGCCGAUGUGCACGAAUGUUACGACUUACAUGGUUUAUGUUUGAUGAGAGACAAUUGGACGAGGAAGGUUACACAGUUCGACGAUCCUGGAAGGAUGUCUUUCGAAGGGUCAAAGCUGAUCCUUUGAAAAUGGUGAAGACCGAGGAUCCAAGGCAGCCUUUCCUCGAUAACCCUGAGUUGAAUGCCUACUUCCGUCAAGACGGACGCUACGUUCGUGCCCCCGCCUCGGAUCAGGUACGAAUUCCCAAAGGCACGCAGAUCUUCCUCCAGGUCGAUGAACUCAACAACCGUAUCGAUGGGCAAUGGGAUCGACCGGAUGGCGUGCAUGGAAGAAAUUCGGAGCUCUACAAACAGGUCUACAUACCUCCGUACUUCCGCCUCCGGAUUUGCGCCUUUAUCCUCUCCCUCUGGAUAUUUGCGGCCUUGACGGGAGUAUCCAUAACCAUUGUCCCCUUGGUCUUCGGCCGCCUGAUCUUCUCCAAAAUGAUACCCUCUGACAUCCGCCAAAACGAUGUCUACGCCUUCUCAAUUGGGAUCUACAUCCUAGGCUCCGCACUCUACGGCAUUAUGCACCUACGGCACUUCGCAACCUACCUUAUUUCAUCUCUCUCUCUGAACCACGAGACGCCGCACAAUGUCCUCCGUCGCCUGAGCGCCAUCAUAUCUCGAGUAGCUCGGAUAGUGUGGACGUACACCGCCUUCAUUUUCAUCCUACCAAUCCUCUUUGCGUUCCUCAUUGAAUUCUACGCCAUCCUUCCUCUGCACACCUAUUUCUCCCCACACGAGCAGCACACUAUCCAUUUCGUGCAAUCCUGGACUCUGGGCCUCCUAUACCUCAAACUCACAUCCCGUAUCAUACUCCUCUACUCCGAAUCCCGUCCCGCUAUCUCGUUGCGCGCUAUCACGAGGGACGGGUGCCUAAAUCCGGAUGCUAAGCUGGCGACCCGCUCUUUCAUCCUCCCCGGAUCUCUCGCCAUCGGAACAGCUUUGGUUUGGCCAUGGUGCAUCGCCAGGAUUGCUUUGUUGACGGUAUUUAGAGGGGCGGGAGACGAACAAAAGGUCUUAGUUUAUAGAUACGCCUACCCGGCAGUACUGGUGAUGGCAUUCUGGUGCUGGUUGGGUUGGCUCAUGGCUGGUGUUGUGAAGGUCUGGAGAAGUCGGAUCAGAGAUGAAGUUUAUUUGAUUGGGGAACGAUUGCAUAACUUUGGGGAGAGGAAGGCUGGGGCGAGUGGUAGUAGUGGUGUAGGGAUCCCAGUUAGGAGGAUUGAGACGUAG